AUGGCUGAACUGAUCUGUUUCGCCUCUUCUGUCACAGCAACUGUGACCCUGGCCAUUCAAGCAACCACGAAGCUCCAUCAGAGUCGAGGGAAAGGCCCAUUCGUGAACUUCAGGAGCAUCAAGAGGGAUUGGCUUAACUUACAGUAUAUUGGAGAAGACAUCAUCAUCGAGAAUAUUCGAACAAGGCUGCAGCCCUUUGUUAUUCAAGGCGAGACAGCCACAGAAAUCGAUACAGGCGGGCUCCGAAGGGCGGAAGAGAAAGAUAUCGUCCAAAAGAGCCUGGGAAUAUGUGAGCGGUUUCUUACCAUCAUAAUCAGUUGCGGUCUAGCCUGUUUGGAGACUCAGGGAGUAAAUACCUGGAAAGGUUUCGACAAGGGGCAGACUGUGCAUUCAAGCAAAUAUCAUUUGCUGGACCCUGCCCCUUCUGAUAUUCAAAAUAUCAAGGAAAUUAACCGAUCCGAUGCCUCUUCCGCACUUGAGGUAGAACUUAAUGGAGAGAAAUGUGCCAUGAAGCUUUUUCACAACAAUGGGGACUCAGGAUUCGCAGAGAAUGGUCGAGACCUAGAUCGGUUCCGCUAUGAGUUGAACGCCUACAUGAACCUCAAGAAAUACAACGUUUUGCGAGAACGGGUUUGUUCCACGCUUUUAUGGUCAUAUUGA